AUGGAGAAUCCAGAAGAUGAUUUUGUGCCAGACUUCACACAUUUAGCCACUAUAGGAGAGGUAUCAGAUAGGAACAGCUUGGUUAAGCAGGUGGGGGGCAUUGCAUAUAUUUCUGUUGGUAAACAGCUCAAUGGAUGGAACAUAAGAUUUUCUGAAAUUGAAAGAAGUAUACCUACUCUUAAGAAAAAAAUAACCAGCUUUGACUUUUCUGAUGAUCUGCUGGUCAUAGGUUAUGAAAAUGGAGCAGUCCAAAUACAUUCAGAAGAAAUAAUAUCGUUUCGGCCUCAUUCCAGAAGAGUCACAAAGAUUACAAAGAUUGGCGACUAUAUUUUAUCUUCAUCUGCAGAUGGUAGCAUCAUUCUGUACGACAUAAUCGGAGGAGAAGUUAGAGUAUCCUAUGAAGGAAAUGAUAUAUGCGUCGAAGGAUUUUUCUCCGACUCUAAAAUAGUUGUUGGUGUUUGCGCAGAUAAUACAUUAAGAAUUUGGGAUUUUGAAGAUAAGCAUAUAAAAAGCUUGCACAUGUUUGAAAAGCCCAUAAAGGAUGUUUUUGCUGUCGGGGAUGAAGCAGUAAUAUUCUUCAAGGAUGGUGAGUGCAUUUACUAUGAUUUGGAAGACAAGACGUCCCGCCCUUUCAAUAAGUUUAAGAAGUUAAGGAAUAUAAAAAUAAAGGAAGACAAAGUGUUUCUUCAGAAUAAAAGCAAGUUACACAUUUACGAGAUAAGCAGAAGAGACAGGAUUAUACUAAAGCAUCAGGAGACAGUAAAGAUCAGCGAUAGAUAUUCUGAUUUUGAUACAACAUCAAACGGUGGAUUUGUAUUCGCUGCUAUUGAUAACUGCUGGGAAUACGUUGAGGAUGGAAGGGCAUACUCAUUUGGAUUUCACAGGAAUGAAAUCCUGGGGCUUGAGGUUUGUGGAGAAAAAGGAAUUACGUUUUCUAAAGAAUGCAUAAUGUUCUGGAUGUUAGAUAAGAAGACGAUGAAAAGAAUUGGAAGCAUACAGAUAAGGAACGGAAAGUGUAUGUGCGUAUGGAAUAACUGCGUCGUUGUCGGGGGGAAUGAAGGAUUCUCUUGCUAUUCAAUCUUGAAUUACGACCUGAUCAGAGAGGAAAGUAUAGGGCCGGUCUCAUCAGUUUUCCCUGGCACUGAAGAGUUAAUUAUCGGAAAAGACAAUACCAUUCUGUUCUACGAUAACUCGUACAAAGUUCUUAAAACACUGGAUGUAGAAAGCUCCAUAUCAUCCAUAGAAAUAUCGAAAGAUGGCUCUUUGUUGUGUGUAGGCCUCUUGAAUAGCAAGGUGCACAUAUAUAACAUGGACGGAUUGUGUUUAAAGGUUGCACUUUACGGACAUGCUCUGCCGGUCAGGUCAAUGAAGUUGUCAUUGGAUAACUCUGAGAUUCUGACCUGUGGUGCAGACAAGACAGUCAAAAUGUGGGGAACACAAUUUGGAGAAUGCAGGAAAAGUUUUAUAGGUGAUUCGAAAAGCGUAGAAUACUUGAACAAAGACUUAUUCAUGUUUGCCUCUGGCAGAAUUCAAUACUUUAGGAGAUAUGAAAAGCUUAAGGAAUUCAAAUAUCAUGAAUCUAAUCUGCUAAAGAUAAGAAAAGACUUAAUGAUUUCGUGUGGAAGGUUCAAUAUAGAUCUUUACGGUAUGAAUAAGUACGAAUUCCAGAAAGGAGAGCAAGAGGAAAGCGAUGAGGAAGAAGUUAUGAAAGUGGCUAAGAUAAUGAACUGUAAGUUAUAUGACAGAUUCUUGAUGGGGCUCGAAGAACUAUCCAAAAACCUUUCUGAUGACAACAUUAAGACUUUUUUCAAUGUUUUGAUGGAUAUAGACUUUUGUGAGCUUGAUAGAUUUUUAUGCUUGAUGAACUCCCAUGAUGUUAUUCUCAUUAUAGAUGUGUUGCAUGAAUGUCUUCAUUGGAAUGCCAUAUUGGCUUCGAGAGUAUUUAUUUCUCUGGUCAGGUUGCAUAAAGACAUAUGCAUUUCUCACCCAAAGUUCAAGACCUUCCUUUGGACCAUUACAGAUAGUAUAAAAGAUAUUGGAAGUCAAACAGGCAGAAAUGAAGCAAAUCUUCUUGUGCGAAAAGCAAUAGCUAGCCAAAAGGCUCUUGAUAUCGAAUAA